AUGACGUUUGGAUAUGACGUUCAAAAAUUGAUUCUGCGUGUUAAUUCAAAUUACAUUUUGAAAAUCUGUUUGGCAGCUUGUAUCUCUUUUUCAAUGUUUCUACUUUCUUCAUCGUCUCUGCAACUUUCACGUGAAGCUCAUCUACAUCAGUCCUUCAGAUUCAUCACGGGUGGCUUCUCUGUAUCAAACAUCCGUGUCAAGGUGCGCCAAAAAUAUCAACGAUUGAAAGCUGAUUACCAGGCAUUUAAGCGACUGCAAGCACAGACUGGUCUGGGAUGGGAUCCUAUUAUAGGCACUGUUGUUGCACCCGAUGAAUUUUGGGAUAAGGCUAGCAGAUAUGUGAAGAAGUUUAGGACAAAAAAGUUUGAAUAUUUUCAAGAAAUGGCAGAAAUUGUUGAAAAUUGUUGUGCCACAGGGGCCCUGUCUCGUGCAUUCACACAAGGACCCCUUGACUCAGAAGAAGAAGAUGACAUGUUAAAUAAAUUUUGGAACGCUGAUGCUGGUGGGAGUAAUGCUGCUGAGGCCAUUCCUGUUGACUUAUUCGGGGAUGAGUAUAUGGAUCCAGCAAAGGGCAAAGGUCACAAGAGGGGCCCUGCAACCAGCCAGACUGACAGUGGUCGUUCCAAAAAGUCACGGUCAAGUGGGUUUGAUGAUGUGUGCGCAGUUUUCACAUCCUAUGUACAAGCCAAAAUAGGACAUUCACGUGCACAAGAAAAUAAGGCUGAGGCUGUAAGUGCAGGUGGUGAUGAUUAUUCCCUUGACGCAUGUCAAGAUGCAUUGCUUGAGCUUGGGGACAUACCACCGUUGCAGUACGUUAGGACACUGACACUGUUCAAGGAUAAGGAAUGGCGAAGACAAAGGCAUAUGUCAUCUGACAGAGAAAACAAUACAAUGGAGCUCUCAUCAGAGGAGGAUGAGGAUUGUGUCGGUGCUAUCGAUGGCACAUUGGUGGAUGCAUGGGUCCCUGCUUCAAGACAAAAUACAUUCCGCGGUCGAAAAGCAACGGUAUCGCAAAAUGUACUCGCAGCUUGCGACUUCGAUAUGUUGUUCACAUUUAUUAAUUCUGGAUGGGAAGGUAGCCCUCACGACAACGUUAUUCUGCUUGACUCUAUUACACGAGCUGAUCUACAAUUCUCACACCCACUCAAUGGUGACUGUCCUUGA